GAACCCUAAAUUCUUCCAAUGGCGCUAGCGAUGGCGAGGAUUGCUCACGGCGGCGCCGCUGCGAUUGUGCUGGCUGCGAAUCGACCGGGCAUGAUAGGUCUGCUGCGAAUGCGCGGAUUGGGAUCGAGCAGCUGCCUGGGUGGCGGCAGCAGCAGGGGAUUUUUGCGCUCGGCAUUUCAAAAGCCCCGAUCGCGGGACAGGGCGGGCGAGGCGGCGUGGCGGAGGUUUUGCGUCAGAGCGGCGGAUGUCUCCGGCCCCGGAUCUGUAGAUUCCUUGAUCGCUGGGAUGCAAUCCAAGAUUCAAGAGCAGCUAAACGCACAAGAGGUGACCGUCAAGGACGCGUAUGGAGAUGGGCGACAUGUCAGCAUCGAGGUUGUGGCCGAAGUUUUCGAGGGCCAAUCCCAAGUAAACAGGCAAAGAAUGGUGUACAAGGCCAUCUGGGAAGAGCUCCAGAACGCCGUCCACGCCGUGGACCAGCUCAAGACCAAAACUCCAGCCGAGGCCAAGAGCUAGAAUUUAAAAAACAAAACUUUAGGGGUUUAUUAAAAAGCCCUAAAAACAGAGUUUUAGGGUUUAUGGGGUCACAGCACGAGGGGGACGCGCCAGAGGAUGGAAUUCGCGGCCUCACGCUCCUCAAGCAAGGCGCCGAAGCGGUAUCUCCAUUCUUCAGCUGCAAUGGCGGCAUAAUCUCUCAUUC